GUCUGAUUGUUGGCAAAGGCAUCGUAAGAAGCUGGAAUUUAUUUCUGUUCUAACCCAUUACUGUAUAACUGUGAAUAGACACUAUGCAUAUUUGUUGGUCAGCAAAACCAAGAAACAAGAGCUAUGGCAGUUGAAAAAGUCUGUCUCAUUCCAGGGUGUUUUUCCUUGGUUUCAUCAUCAGGUACCUCCUCCCUUUCAUCUCAGCAAGAAUGUGGCACCUUUUACCGUUUGAUAAAGAUUAAGGACAUGUUCUUUGGUCGACAGCCAGAACUUAAAAUCUGCUGGAAUAGGGUCAGAGACCAUUUCAGCUGCAGCUGAGGAAAAUGAAAUUUUCAUUUUAUUUGGUGCCUUGUCCAGGGAGCACACUAACUCUUCCAGAAACGUGUCAGUGAAACGGAGAUCGUUUUGUGGAAUAGCAACCCAUGGUUAUGGCGAGUGACCCGACGUGAUCUGGGGGGCAGGCUGCAGAGGACUCAUGACAGGCUAUACCAUGCUGCGGAAUGGGGGCGCGGGGAAUGGAGGUCAGACCUGCAUGCUGCGCUGGUCCAACCGCAUCCGCCUCACGUGGCUCAGCUUCACGCUCUUUGUCAUCCUGGUCUUCUUCCCGCUCAUCGCCCACUAUUACCUCACCACUCUGGAUGAGGCUGACGAGGCAGGCAAGCGGAUUUUUGGCCCCCGGGUGGGGAACGAGCUGUGCGAGGUGAAGCACGUGCUGGAUCUCUGCCGCAUCCGGGAGUCGGUGAGUGAAGAGCUCCUGCAGCUGGAGGCCAAGCGCCAAGAGCUGAACAGCGAGAUCGCCAAGCUGAAUCUGAAGAUCGAAGCCUGUAAGAAGAGCAUUGAGAACGCCAAGCAGGACCUGCUCCAGCUCAAGAAUGUCAUCAGCCAGACCGAGCAUUCCUACAAGGAGCUCAUGGCCCAGAACCAGCCCAAGCUGUCCCUGCCCAUCCGACUGCUCCCAGAGAAGGACGAUGCCGGCCUCCCUCCCCCAAAGGCCACUCGGGGCUGCCGGCUACACAACUGCUUUGAUUAUUCUCGUUGCCCUCUCACCUCUGGCUUCCCGGUCUACGUCUAUGACAGUGACCAGUUUGUCUUUGGCAGCUACCUGGAUCCCUUGGUCAAGCAGGCUUUUCAGGCGACAGCACGAGCUAACGUUUAUGUUACAGAAAAUGCAGACAUAGCCUGCCUUUACGUGAUACUAGUGGGAGAGAUGCAGGAGCCGGUGGUGCUGCGGCCUGCAGAACUGGAGAAGCAGUUGUAUUCCCUGCCACACUGGCGGACGGAUGGACACAACCAUGUCAUCAUCAAUCUGUCACGUAAGUCAGAUACACAGAACCUCCUAUAUAACGUCAGUACUGGCCGUGCCAUGGUGGCCCAGUCCACCUUCUACGCUGUCCAGUACAGACCUGGCUUUGACUUGGUCGUAUCACCGCUGGUCCAUGCCAUGUCUGAGCCCAACUUCAUGGAAAUCCCACCACAGGUGCCGGUGAAGCGGAAAUAUCUCUUCACCUUCCAGGGUGAGAAGAUUGAGUCUCUGAGGUCUAGCCUUCAGGAGGCCCGCUCCUUUGAAGAGGAAAUGGAGGGUGACCCUCCCGCCGACUACGAUGACCGGAUCAUUGCCACGCUGAAGGCGGUGCAGGACAGCAAGCUGGAUCAGGUCCUGGUGGAAUUCACCUGCAAAAACCAGCCCAAACCCAGCCUGCCGACUGAGUGGGCGCUGUGUGGGGAGCGGGAGGACCGCUUGGAAUUGCUGAAGCUCUCCACCUUCGCCCUCAUCAUUACCCCCGGGGACCCUCGCUUGGUUAUUUCGUCUGGGUGUGCAACACGGCUCUUCGAAGCCCUGGAAGUCGGUGCCGUCCCGGUGGUGCUGGGGGAGCAGGUCCAGCUUCCGUACCAGGACAUGCUGCAGUGGAACGAGGCGGCCCUGGUGGUGCCCAAGCCUCGUGUUACCGAGGUUCAUUUCCUGCUCAGAAGCCUCUCCGAUAGUGACCUCCUGGCUAUGAGGCGGCAAGGCCGCUUUCUCUGGGAGACUUACUUCUCCACUGCUGACAGUAUUUUUAAUACCGUGCUGGCUAUGAUUAGGACUCGCAUCCAGAUCCCAGCCGCUCCCAUCCGGGAAGAGGCGGCAGCUGAGAUCCCCCACCGUUCAGGCAAGGCGGCUGGAACUGACCCCAACAUGGCUGACAACGGGGACCUGGACCUGGGGCCAGUGGAGACGGAGCCGCCCUACGCCUCACCCAGAUACCUCCGCAAUUUCACUCUGACUGUCACUGACUUUUACCGCAGCUGGAACUGUGCUCCAGGGCCUUUCCAUCUUUUCCCCCACACUCCCUUUGACCCUGUGUUGCCCUCAGAGGCCAAAUUCUUGGGCUCAGGGACUGGCUUUCGGCCUAUUGGUGGUGGAGCUGGGGGUUCUGGCAAGGAGUUUCAGGCAGCGCUUGGAGGCAAUGUUCCCCGAGAGCAGUUCACGGUGGUGAUGUUGACUUAUGAGCGGGAGGAAGUGCUUAUGAACUCUUUAGAGAGGCUGAAUGGCCUCCCUUACCUGAACAAGGUCGUGGUGGUGUGGAAUUCUCCCAAGCUGCCAUCAGAGGACCUUCUGUGGCCUGACAUUGGCGUCCCCAUCAUGGUGGUCCGUACUGAGAAGAACAGUUUGAACAACCGAUUCUUACCCUGGAAUGAAAUCGAGACAGAGGCCAUCCUGUCCAUUGAUGACGAUGCUCACCUCCGCCAUGACGAAAUCAUGUUUGGGUUCCGGGUGUGGAGAGAAGCUCGGGACCGCAUCGUCGGCUUCCCUGGCCGUUACCACGCAUGGGACAUCCCCCAUCAGUCCUGGCUCUACAACUCCAACUACUCCUGUGAGCUGUCCAUGGUGCUGACAGGUGCUGCCUUCUUUCACAAGUAUUAUGCCUACCUGUAUUCUUAUGUGAUGCCCCAGGCCAUCCGGGACAUGGUGGAUGAAUACAUCAACUGUGAGGACAUUGCCAUGAACUUCCUUGUCUCCCACAUCACUCGGAAGCCCCCCAUCAAGGUGACCUCACGGUGGACAUUCCGAUGCCCAGGAUGCCCUCAGGCCCUGUCGCACGAUGACUCCCACUUCCAUGAGCGGCACAAGUGCAUCAACUUCUUCGUGAAGGUGUAUGGCUACAUGCCCCUCCUGUACACGCAGUUCAGGGUGGACUCUGUGCUCUUCAAGACACGCCUGCCCCAUGACAAGACCAAGUGCUUCAAGUUCAUCUAGGGGCAGCGCAAGGUCUGGGGAAGAGGAUGAGCAGAGGGAGGAAGAUGGCUCCCAAGGUUCUUAGGCAUUGCAGGACCUUGGGCACAUCUGCUGGGUGGGUGGCCCAGACCCUCUGCUGGGAGGGGCAGCAGGAAGAGUGGAAGGAAACCGCUGCCUUUAUCUUGAAGUCGGCCACACUGGGCCUGGAGCCCUGGGCGGAGGCCCCGGGGUUCCCCACACAGGGCACUGACUGAUAGCUUACACUGAGGACUGUGGCGACUCUGCAGAGUCACUCACACCGUUCAUAUGCCCAGGACAGCUGGUUCGUGGUUUUUAAAUUCAAUAACAACUAUUACGAUUAUUUAAAAAGAGAAAGUUUCAGAUUUGCCAUUCAAGGCUUAUUUAUAUAUAUGUGUGUGUAUAUAAAUAUAUGCACACACACUUGCAUACAUAUAUAUUUUUGGCUGGGGGAGUGUGAGUUUUGCCUCUCUAAGGGAGGGACCGCGCAGGCUCCUUUGUUCUGUAUUCUGGCGGAGAUGGGUCCUGGCCUUGUGUCACUGGCUUAUCCUUAAAGAUCAUCUCCCAUCCUCCCCAGCGCCAUCUGUGUGCAGAAACCAGAAAGGGAUGAACUUGGCCCUCUUACGGGCCUGGACGAGGUCUCUUCCUUACCCUUUCUGUUGCCAGUCAGCAACCUGUAACUCACAUUCUCUUUCCAGUGAAUCCCUGGGAGCGCCUGACCCUGGUGGGCUGCUCACUUCCUGCUGCUGGGGCCAGUGAUUUUUGAGGAUUUAUCUUAAGCCAGGCUUGCCUCAGUACUUAUUCCUGCUCUCCCAUUUCUCUCUUGUUUGAGAGAGAAUGAGGAAGCAAAGAAUGAGAUAGAAUAGGGCCUGAAGACGCCACUCCCAGAUGGCUCUUUCUGUCCUGCUCUUCUGUUGAAACACACGUGCUAUGGGCUUCAGGCUUUUCUGAAGUGCUCUUUCUUGGAUUGGAUAGGAAAUCAGUAGGGUGCACAUCUGCUGUGGUCUGAAGUGGUUUAUAGGUCAGCCUCCUCUCCCUGGUAUAGAGCAAGCCAGUGUCCUUCGAGGACCCCACCCGGCUGGCCGGGAAGUUUUACAGCAAGGCGCCUGCCUUGGGAUAAUUCCUUGGUGAAAUUCACCUUCCCCCCGCCUCUGUCUGGAGCCCCAUCCUGUGUUAUCUGUGGUUUUUGGACCCCUAAUGUCAGCUUGGCUGUAGGACCCCCUGAGGUUUGGUAUGUGCUAGAACGAUGGGAGGCCAUGAUUUGCUGUGUAAGCUCACAUCCAGCCUUGGAGUCUAACAGGCAUUCACACCCCGAGUUACCACUUUCCACUCCCCGCUUAGGAUUCUGUUCCCUGGGCUGAAACUGAAAUAAGCUCAUUUUUUGGGUCAUGGUGGCCGUAGGGGAACCUAGGAGGGUGUGAGUGGCAUUUGUCAGGGAUUUAGCCUGUUUCUUGAACCCUACUUUCUCGAAGUGGAGUUGACUCUGGAAGUUUUCUAGCAACUGAACAAAAGCUCAGGUCUGUCCUGGUCAUGCACAUGCCUUAAGCCAGUUCCGUCUUCCCUAGACCUUGGCAUCCUGUGCUUCUAUUUCUCGGAAUACGUUCUCCUCUGACCUGCCUGUACCACGUGGGUCCUCUUCAAGUACUGUUUUGAAGCUGGGCUCUUUUGUGUCGCUCCCACCCACCUGUAGGGCUAGCUCGGCUUAAGGGAACUCUCCCCAUUGGCAAACCGGACCCGGCCACCGCCAGGACUGUGUUUCCAAAGGUUCCCCCUGGCAUCAGCCUGUAGCUCCCCUGCUGAGGCAGUGUGGUUAUGUUCCCAGCAGUGGGGGGGUCGGACGCCCUUCCUCAGAACUUUCUAGUUGCCCUCUACCUGACUCCUGACUUGUAUUCCUUUUAGCAGUAGCCUUCUUCCCUCGGGGAGCCAAAGAGUGUGAUGUGUGGCGCUAUAUUGUAGCUGCUAUUUUCUCUGGUUUCUUUUAAUGUGAGGAACUCAUAUACUGACUUCAGCGGGACUCGGUGAGCCAGGGCCAUCUGUGUGCUGGGACCCCCUUUAGCGGGACUCGGUGAGCCGGGGCCAUCUGUGUGGUGGGACCCCCUUUAGCGGGACUCGGUGAGCCGGGGCCAUCUGUGUGGUGGGACCCCCUUUAGCGGGACUCGGUGAGCUGGGGCCAUCUGUGUGGUGGGACCCCCUUUAGCGGGACUCGGUGAGCCGGGGCUGUGUGGUGGGACCCCCUUUAGUGGGACUUAGUGAGCAAAGGUCAUCUGUGUGGUGGGGCUAGGGCCUGUCCCUUUAGUGGAGCCAGGUUGUCGGGCCCCGAAUGUCACUGGUGGAUCUAAGAAGGGCUGAGUGGUCUGACACCAAAACGUGCUACAGGGAGGGCUGUGGUGCCAGUGCUUCCAACAAGGACAGCCCUCCUUGACCCUGAAAGGAACACUGGCUUGAAGGACUGCACACAGGCUCUGAGGGGCACGCCCUCCUCAGCGAGAGGCAGCAAGGUGGCCGCAGUGUCACUGGUCAGGUGCUUCUCACCAUGGGAAAGUUGCCGACCUGUGACUUGCUUGAGAUGGGAAAGCAGCACCACAGACCCCGGGUCUCCUUGGCUGUCUGUGGGCCGCCCCUGGCCACCUUGUCCUGGCUCGCAGGGUGCAGGACUGCCUCGUUCUCUGGGUGGCCGGCUUGCUGCUCUGGUUUGGGCCGUCCUACUGUAAUGCCAUCCCAGGGCUCCGCAGGCCACUGUGAGCUCUGGCUCCCUGGGUAGUGCUCCUCCAUGUGGACUGUGCCUCAGGCCAGGGCUCACCAGCUGGGGUCCUGUCCAGAAGGAUGGGAUCUUUCUGAGAGCUGCGCCGGACAGAGUGGGGAGCUCCUAGUUCGGAGGGGGAAGCUUUGAUAUCCAUGCCACAUCCAUCCACCCUACCCCUUUUCGUCAUGAGCACAAUGGUCUUACAUUGGAUUUUUGUAAAAAAAUAAAAAUAAAUGGAGACUUUAACUCAA